AUGAGAUACGUACUGUUCUCUUUGAGCGCAUUGGUGUUCUACGCGAUAUUUUAUUUCGCCUCCAUUAACGGCCUCGAUGCGCUGGGUCACAAAUCCAUUGAAUCUGGCAAGCUGCCUAGCAUCGAUGCACCUUUGCGAACAGUCUACACGGGUAUCGAGGCAGUCGACAAUGUAUUAACUCUUCUGACAGUGUUUUUCUACCCGACACUUGAUGGUCACAAUCCUGGUCUGCUGCUUCACGGUGUUGGAUUCAGUGGUACUUUCGGUGCAACUUGGACUCUGAUCGUCUUGGAAUCUUGGCGUAAGGGAAAUGCCGGGACCAUAGCCGCUUACCCGACCAUCUUUGGCCUCAUCGCUCAAGUGCUCACGUUUGCCUUCGGUAUCCCAUUGACAUGUGGUCUUCAGCUGGGUUGCUCAAUCACCGCCCGCCGCCCUCAUGCAGAUAACAUCCGGAUCCCGCGGGCUGUCCUCGUAGUUCUGCCCUUCAUUUUUGUCGUCGGGUACAUGGUGCCGACCGCGGUGAUGGCGUUGCCCGCUCCCUCCGUCAUUUCUGUGGACCUAAAGCAGAUUGCCAUUGCCAUCUGGCACCCCUGGCCCGCGUACGUGUCUAUUCUGACUACGGUCGCCUACUUUACACUGUCGCCUUUCUUCUCGAACAACCACCGGGCGUCAAUGUCUAGCUUGCGCUGGGUUUACGCAUUUGCAUUUGCCAAUGCAUCUUUGACGCACAUCGUGUCAUGGGUUGUCUCUUUGGCAACUGUGGUAGUCCCCGCUCUGUUUAGAGACCGUUUCUUGGAUUCCCUUCACCCAGCCAAGGUUUUCUCGGUUCCUCUUCCUUGGUCUGGACUGGUGGUUAGCACUGUGGGAGAUGGAGUCCAUGCCUUUCUGCGAUGGGAUUACAUGAUCGGCUCUGCAGGUGUCCUGAUUUGGGCUAUCUCGCUGUAUACUGUUGCUCACAAGCAACUGCUCGGCAUUGUCUCUUGGCCCAGACUCCUUGUUAAGGUUGCUCUGUUGACAGUUCUUGCCGGCCCCGCGGGUGCUGCAGUGGAGUUGAUCUGGGAGCGAGAUGAGCUAGUGUUCAGCGAGACAGGCGGUAGCAAGCAGGUCUCGAAGGCAAAGAAGUUCAUCUGA